CGUGUUCGGCCUAACCUCGUCAUUACAUGUUAAUCUUAUGUCGGAGGAGACUGAACUAUCGAAAGGACUUUUUUCAAGGCCAUUCCAAUUUCAGUGGGAACGGAUUGAAUUGAACGGUUAAGCGGUGGUCGAAGGUAAGAACCUCCUCCCUCAAUUCGGUCGUGUUCGUUCAGGCUUCGCUCUUCAUCUUGCUUUCUCGCUUCGAAACAGGGGAAAGAAGGCAACGGAAGGAGGGGAUUCCGAGUUCCAAGAACUCAUCUCCAGCUGAACAUCUGCAAGAACAGAGGGUGAGGGAGGGACAGGGUGUGUCCAAAGCCGAUUCCCUCCAAGCGGCCGAAAAGAACCAUUGGAUUCCUCACGAGCCGCAUCUGUCUGAGAGCCCUACCUAAUCCCCACUCCCCAGAAUAUUUGAUAAAUCCCACCCCCUACCCCAUACUGCAAUGUAAUAAAGAAAUGAAGAACGACCCUUAUGUUUUUUGACUCAAAGUCGGCUCUUUUUCACACAGCUGUCUUCAUUUUUUGGCUCUGAAAGUACUUUCAGGCCUCUGCCUCUGCCACUCCCACACCUCUCUCUCUCUCUCUCGGGGCCGGCCAUUCUCCGACUACUUUCCGGCCACAUUGCCAUCCCUUUUUUUCAGAAAGAUUCCGUUUUUUGAAGCCCCUUUUAACUUAUCUUUUCCACGCACAUUUCUGUCCCCAUAAUCUUUUUCCUCCUUUUGUUUUCGGUUGAGAGAGGGAGUGCUUUCUUUCCUGGGUUCCUUUUCUUGACCCAGUCGGUCGGGGCUCCGUUGCCUUACACUCAGGUACCGAACGCCGACGACUGGAUUUCCCGUUGAAUUGUGUUCGCUUCACUUGGAAACCGCCAUGGGAUUCUUGAAAUUCGGUUGAUGUCACCUAAUUAUCUUUGAAAUGUGCUCUCACAUUGGCGAAAUUCCCUGUUGAUUUGCUGAGGUUGGAAGAUGCCAUUUUCUUGGAAUUAUUGCUGGCUACCAUCUGCAUUACGGUUUGCUUUGACAAUUUUGAGGUUUGUCAAUCAUCUUGCCUAACUCAACAUGAUUACUCUCUGACUGGUGUUUGCCAUUUUGGCUUAUCCUGAAGCUUUAGUGGUGGGGCCGUUUGGUACCUGUAUGUACCUUCUUCCCAAAUCUUAGCAUCUAAGAAUGGUUAAACAGGUUGAGUUUCGGUAUUUGUGGAUUUACCUCUCCAUUGGGUUCCUGCUAUCGUCCACUGUGGUUUCAGAAGUUCCCUUAGGUUCAAAACUUUCGGUUGAAGAUAAUAACUUCUGGGUCUCCUCCAAUGGGGAUUUUGCACUUGGGUUUUAUAACAGUUCACCUCAGUCAUUUCAGUAUAGUGUCGGCAUCCAUUUCAAUUCAAAUUCUAUUCCUGCUAAUGAGCAAAAGGUAGUUUGGGUUGCUGGAGCUGAGAUCAUGGUUGGAAACAAGUCUUAUUUUCAGCUCACCCAAGAUGGAGAACUCAUCCUGUUUGAUUCCUUGGAAAGCACCAUUGCUUGGAGCAGUAAAACUAGUCAAUUAGGGGUAGUUUCGGCCGUUUUACAUGAUGACGGCAAUUUUAUCCUUCUCAACGACAAGGGGGACAGAGUUUGGCAGAGUUUUGACAGUCCUUCUAACACACUUCUCCCAGGGCAGAAAUUACCGGUCUUCAAAACACUCAGAGCACAGAAGGUGAAUUCAAUUUCAAGUUACUACAGCCUCUAUAUGAAUGAGUCUGGUCAGUUACAACUGAGAUGGGAGACUGAUGUCAAAUAUUGGACUUUUGGAAGUGUUUCAAACUCAAAUGUUAGCGCUGUCCUCACGUCUAAUGGAGCUCUGCUACUUCUAAAUAGGAAUUCAAAGCCUAUUGAUUCUCUUUUUGGGGAAGAUCACAGUGAGACCGUGAAAUUUCGAUUUCUCAGGUUAGAUACUGAUGGUAAUCUACGUAUGUACUCAUGGAGAGAAGCUUCAGCCUCUUGGAUAUCAGUCUGGCAAGCGGUUGAUAAUCAAUGCAAUGUCUUUGCAACUUGUGGGGAUUAUGGAAUAUGCUUUUUCAACAGUUCAGGCUUACCCGAUUGUAUGUGUCCAUUUAAGUCUGAUUCCGCAACUUCCCCGAAAUGUCUGCUUCCGUAUCAGCAGGGAUGCAAAUCUGGUUCCAUCAUGCUUUCCUAUGAGCAUACUUUUCUUCAUGGGAUGUAUCCAGUGAAUGAUUCAGUUGUGCUAAGUAGUGUACAGCAAUGCAAAGAUUUGUGCCUGAAGGACCCACUCUGUACAGCUGUAACAUUUACUGACGAUGGAUCGCCAGAAUGUCUAUUCAAGACCUCUCGUUAUAUCACUGGCUAUACAGACCCAUCUUUAAGUUCAAUAUCUUUUGUUAAGAAGUGUUCGGACCCAAUUGCCGUUGACCCAAAUCAUCCAAGAACGUCUCCGGCGCCUAUCCCUGUCGACCAAUCUUUUAGGUUUUGCAUUCCUUGUCUAGCUGGAGCUGCCUCUGGAACAUUCAUUACAGUUCUUGCAAUUCAGUUAGCUGUCGGGUUCUAUAUUUAUAAAAGGCGUAACUGGAUUUGGAAGAGACCUGCAUUGGCCUAUAAAGAUCUUUACUCAAAGAGCUUGGUUGCGUUUUCUUUCAUGGAGAUUGAAGAACUCACUGGAAGCUUUAAGCAUCAGAUUGGGCCGAAGAUGUACAAAGGCAUGCUCCCAAAUAGGCAACCUGUUGCAAUUAAAGAUGUGGAGGCAACUGUGGCAGAGAGGAAGUUUAGAGCUGCAGUCUCGAGAGUGGGAAGCAUUCAUCACAAAUAUCUCAUUAAGUUGGAGGGCUAUUGUUGCGAGUCUAUUCACAGGUACUUGGUCUAUGAAUAUGCUAAAAAUGGCUCUUUGGAGAAGUACAUCGAAGACCCUGAGCUGAGUAAGAGAUUAACCUGGAAGAAGAGAUUGGAAGUGUGUUUGAGCGUGGCAAAGGCACUGUCUUAUUUGCACUCGGAAUGUAGAGAAUUUAUAAGUCAUGGGAACUUGAAAUGUGAAAACAUUGUGCUGGACGAGAAUCUAGAUGCCAAGGUCUCUGAGUUUGGGCUCUCAAUAAUUCAUGGUGAAGCACUAAGCCCUGACAUAUCGGCCGAGAGGGAUGUGGAGGAUUUUGGGAAGCUAGUGGUUGCUUUGGUCAGCGGCUGUCGAGAUCACAGGAGCGUAAGUGAGUGGGCUUACAACGAAAUGAUGGUUGGGCAGGUAGAGAAGGUGGUAGAUAAAAGAACAAAGAGCGAGGUUAGCUUAGAAGAGUUGAACCGAGUAAUGAGGAUUGCAUUUUGGUGUUUACAAGGCGAUGAACGGUUGAGACCAUCAAUGGGCGAGGUUGUUAAGGUGUUAGAGGGUAGUUUGACGGUUGACCCCCCACCACCUCCUUUUUGUCGCGAGAGGCCAUUGCAGGAAGAAGAGUCUUCCAGGUCUGGCUCAGAGUCAUAGAAUUUGUUGCCUCUGAAGUUUUUUCCUGUUAUCCAUCUCUUUUUUGUGGUAGGAUUAACUAAGCCUUUCAGCUGGAAUUAGGCCUCUGAUUGACUUGCCCUUGUUGGGCGUAUAAAAUCUUUGUAUAAAGCCAAUGUACUGAUAUCUCUUCUCAAGUUCAGCAAUUGUAAAAUCUCUCUCUCUC